GAAAUAUAUUAUUUUAUCAAAAAAAUUCCCAAAAAUAACAUCCUAUACUUUUUAUUCCUAUUUUCGAUAAUAUGUUAGUAAAACUUUUUUAGUGGUUAGUGCAAUUCGUAUUUUGCAUUAUACCUUUCGACAAAACUUUAAAUCUUAAAAGUUAGCACACAAAAUUGUUCGGAACUCCUGACUCAAGCUGUACCAAAACUCUAUUCGAAUUCAUGUGUUUUAUGCACUCCUCUUUUCCCUGUGUGAAUGGACUACGUUAGAAACGCUGUUUCGCUGCCCGAUGAGGUGUUGGUUGCACUAAGUCACUUUCUGAAUUCUAACAUCAACGACUCUGAUUCUGAAAUCUGCAAGGAAACCCUCCUGCGGAAGCGCUAUAACGACAGCGACGAGCCUAGAUCCAUUGAUAGUUACAAACCUAGAUCUAGAUCCAGAUCCAUAGACCCCCAGUUCCCGAUGCAACGUGACGCGAACCAGGAAGAAGUUGGUUGUAAGUGCUCGACCAAUGGCUCAGCCAACAGACACAACCCUCCGUCAGCAGCCCAGGGAAAGCUUUCGCCAAGCUGUAGCAAGGAUAAGGACGUUAGCGGCUGCAACCCGUCAAAAUGCUCGAACGAUCCACCGUUUCACGAAGAGAAGCCUCCGGUAUAUUCAUACCAAGAUCAAGAACUUCGCCAACAAUUAAAGCGUUCUUAUCAACAACAAGCUCAAAGGAACCGAUCUCAGCAUAGAUGUUCAAGAUCUCGAAGUGUUCCCAAGCCGAACGAUAGACAUAAUGCCUCAGAAAGAUACGAUUUUCAAGUGCCUAGGAGUCUAAAUGCAGGGCAGGAAACAACAAAUCAACAACGAGGUUGCUGUUCUGACCACAAUCAGUACGAGGGCGAUGUACCUACACGAAAUACUAGUAACUAUGUUCCUGAUAGGAGAUCAAGAAGUAAUGCUACUGACAAUUGGAACAAUAGCUCUCAGGUUGGCACUAAUUAUGGCGAAUGGCAGAGGCGACAAAUGCAACAACAGCAGCAGCAAUCACGACAGCAACAGCAGCAACAUCAUCAACAACGGCAAUGCUCUUACCGCCAGCAGCAAUCUAAUGAUUAUGAUAUGACUGCUUUGGACGACAAUGAAAUCUCUGGAUUUGAACCCGAUUUAAAUAGCACUAUGAUUGACGAAGAGAAACGUUACCAAAAAUCUAGAAAACAACGUCCUCAACCGCCAAUGCGUAAGCGAUAUGCAUCUUGCAACAAUACUUGCAGUUCGCAAAGUUAUGAGACCCCGCAAAUACCACGCCGAGCAGCUCAGUGUGAUUCCUCACAAAUAGAGCGCCAACAACUUCAGCGUCAAUGCUCGCCAAUGUAUAGAAAGAAACCACAGAAAUAUGAAACGAUCAUAAAUGAGACAAGCUAUUUGGACCUGCCAGAGGUACCAUGCAGACCAAAUAUAAAUAAAAGGCAGUGUCCAAAUUCCCAAGCAAAAUGUCAUGAGAAUUCAUCAAUUAAUCCACCGUGCCAAGUGAGUCAAAGAUCUCGAUCUUUGUCUCCUUUAAAGUACAAAAGUCGCUGCACAACACGCUGUGCAAAUAAUACAAACAUGGACAUGGAGGAAAAUGAUUUCUAUCCUGAAGAUACAAAUUGUUGCAGAAGUCCACCUUAUACAAACGUAUCGGGUGCUAUGUUGGCAAGAUCUAGCAUGAAUGAAACCCGUUUAGACAAAACCAAUCAAAAUAGUGAUUGGGAAGGACGAUCUGGAAAAAUGUAUUCCAACAAGACCCCUGAGGAUUAUCUGGCUGAGCGCACGCAGGCAGAAUUUAUGGAUGCUUUGGUCAAGGAUCGCACAAGUCCUGGCGCUAUCCAGGCCACCCUUAACGGCAAUGAGAAUUUCAAUGAGUUCGCGUUUGACAUUGCCUUCCCCGGUUCCAUUCCGGCCAAACCCUUUCCCGUGGAUCCCAUUACCAUGCUGGAGGCGAUCAAGUUGAGGAUUGACUAUGAACGCGAGAGGAUCCGUAGAAUUCACAGACCAAUCACAACGGAGGAUAUAGAGUCGCAUUUUAGUGAAAAGAACAAGACCGAAGUCAACGAGAGUGUGGCUGCUUUCCUGAAAGCCGAGAGCGAAUAUCAAGAAACAAUGCCACCGGAAACCUUUGAGGCCGAAAUAAAUGGCAUAGAUACAAAUAUGUUUGACGACAAUAUUAAGCUGAAUGUAUAUACAGCCACAACGCAGCCAGGUCAGGAGGUACUAGAUCUAAGUUACCGCUAAGUUAUUUAAAUUAAUUAAAAGAAUCAAAUUAGGAAACAAAAGAAUAAA